UUCUACUACAUGCGUUUUAAAAUAUAAUUGAAGUUAGACAAUUUGAAAGUAAGUUUAAAAACACUUUUGAAUUUCCUUUAAAUAUCCUUAAUAAAAUAUAUUUUUAAUGCUCCUGUAUUAUAUUAAUAAGAAAAUGAAAUAGAUAAAUUUUAAAACGAACAUAACCUCUUUUUGUCUCUUAAUUUGUUUAAUAUAGAUUUGAGAUUAUAAGCAUGAGAUCGUCCCAAGAUGAAGAUCAGGAAAGCGAGCCUGAAGAAUACGAACAUCAAACUCCUUCAAAAAGGUCAAAGAUUCAUUCUAAAAGGAAACACACACCUGCAAUUUACAAUGUCAAAUUGCAAACUGAAUUUGCUUUCCUCAAGCCACACUCUUCAGAUCCGUACAAGGCGCAGUGCAAGUUGUGCCCUGCAAGUGCCAAUGGAAGGAUUGCUUCGUUUCGUUGUGAAAGGUUAUUUUUAGUUUUUUAUCAUAAACAUCAUACUGUUAAAUGUGUUGUUUAAAAUAUUAUUCUUUUUUUUAUAGAAGUGACAUCGAGAGACAUGUUAAAUCAGAACGUCACAUUGCCAGCUGCAAAGAGGUAAAAUCAGGAAACGUUCGGACAAUGCAAAUCUUCCUGGCAAACAACGCGGAGAAUAAGGAAGCGAUAAAGUUUGAAAACCAAGUGAAAUACGCAGAAUUAAAAUUGUGUGGUUUCUUUGCUGCUCACAAUGAGGCAUUUAUGAAAAUGGACCAUCUUCUGGAUGUUUUAAAGCAGAUAUUUCCUGACUCAAAAAUCGUUCAAGGAAUUUCCUGCAAAAGAACGAAAACGAAAGGAGUAAUAAUGAAUGUACUGGGCGUCGACGAAAAAGAAAAUUUGGUUUCUGUUUUGAAAAAAAACAAGUUUUCUAUUUUAGUUGACGAGUCCACAGACAUCUCAUCUGUAAAAACAUUUUGCAUCUUGGUGAGGUUUUAUGCUGAAAAUUGCGGUAAAAUUUUAUCUCGGUUUUGGGAUUUGCAACAAGUUUUCACAGAGAGUGAUCCAGAUGGGGCAGAGGAAGGUGCAACUGCAAGAAGAUUAUUCACCAUCAUGAAAAAGACAUUUGACAAACAUCAGAUACCAUUUGCAAAUGUUGUAGGCUUUGGAUCUGAUGGUUGCAACACGAUGAUGGGUGGCAAUAAUAGCGUCGCUUCGAGAAUGACAGAAUUGUGUCCAGGAUUGCGGGUGUGCAAGUGCCUUUGCCACUCUUUGCAUCUUUGCGCAAGUGAAGCUUGCAAGUGUCUUCCACGCUCUACAGAAGAUCUCACUCGAAACAUUUAUAACUUUUUUAAAACCAGUGCCAAGAGACGAGCCCAAUUUUCCGAAUUUCAAUCUUUUGUGGAGGUUGAUGUUUUACGAAUGCUUCAUCCUAGCCAAACCAGGUGGCUUUCAUUGACCAGUGUGAUCAAUAGAAUUUUAAAUCAAUGGGAAGCUCUUCGUCUUUUUUUUGAUGCCAAGUGGUUUGAAGAACGUUUAGAAUCUGUCGAAAGAAUUCAUGUUCUUUUAAAUGAUGCUGCGACCAAAGCGUUUUAUUUGUUUUUACAGUGGGUUUUACCCAAAGUGACAAGCAUGAAUGAACUCUUUCAGUCAGAAAAGUCGGUUGUCACAGUUGUUCAUGAUAAAAUGAAUGAGAGUUAUUAUGAUUUGUUGGCAUGUUUUAUGAAGAGGAAUUAUAUCCACACGACACCAGCCAAUGAAAUUAAUCCAACUGAUGAAUCGAAAUGGUUGCCUUUAAACCAGCUUUAUUUGGGAAUUGCUGUCAGUAAUCAGCUUCUUCUACCCGAAUUGAUUCAAAGACCAGAGGUGGUCCAUGACAUUAAAUUCAGAUGUCGCCUCUUUUUGAUCACUUUGUGCGAUCAGUUAAAGAAAAGAUUUGACUUUGAUGAUCCCGUGUUGAUGCGUUUAAAAUUAUUUGCACCAGCAACUGCUUUGUCGCAGAGGGAAAGAGAGUCCACACCUUCUCUUCAACCAUUAAUGGUGCUGAUGCCACGAAUAAUUGGCCCAAACGAUCCAGAAAAAAUGCAAGAAAUAGAUGAUCAGUGGAGGACACUGCCAUUUCAAAGAGAGAAUUUUCAAGACUUGAGAGAUCUAAAAAAUCCCGAAGAUUUCUGGCACCAGGUUAACAUUUUCAAGGAUGAAAUAGGAGACAGGCCGUUCUCUACUCUCGCUUGGUUUGCAUUAGAAGUUUUAUCGAUUCCAAUCGCUAACGCCGAUUGUGAAAGAGUGUUCUCAAAAAUCAACGAUGUCAAGACAAAGAAAAGAAACAAAUUAAUUACUUCAACUGUAUGUGGUUUGCUACAUGCUGACACAAUUGUUCGUGAUAGUGGAAAUUGUUGUAUUGCUUUCCAACCACGCCAAAGUAUGUAUGACAGAAUGAUCUCUUCAAAUAUUUAUAGAUCCGUUGCAGAAAACGAAGAAGAGUUUAACGAUAUUGAUAAUAUAUUUGCUGAAGCAUAA